AUGAUUUCCAUCUCGUCUCUAUCGGCCGCCCUGUUCUAUGCUUCGCUCGCCGCUGGUCUGGGACUCGAAGCCGCAUCAGUGACACUCGACUACGGAACGUUCGCCGGCCUGGUGGAUCUCGAGCAGCGCAUCGUCUACUUUCGCGGGGUGCGAUACGCUGAUCCGCCCCGGCGAUGGACGGCUCCGGUGUCUCCGCCGACCAGGCAUUUGGGACAUGUGCAAGCCACCACGAUCUACGCACCGACGACGACGACCGCCGACAAUCCGCUCCCGGUCCUCGUCUACUUCCACGGCGGCGGAUUCGAGGACGGGAGCACGCACGACUAUGCACCCGAGCACAUCAUGCAGUCGUCCGUCAAUCCGCUCGUGUUCGUCACAUUCGAGUUCCGGCAGGGUCCGCUGGGGUUCCUGGGCGGUGCUGCGGUAAAGAAACACGGCAGUCUCAAUGUGGGGCUCUUAGACCAGCAGGCAGCUCUACGCUGGGUCCAGCGGUACAUCCGCAAAUUCGGCGGAGACCCUGCGUGGGUGACGAUCUGGGGCGAGUCGGGGGGUGCGGGUGCGACGAUGUUUCAUCUGAUAGGAUCGGAUCCAAGUCUCUUCCACCAGGCGAUGGGCAACAGCCCGUCUCUGAACUACUUGCCGGCGUACGACGAUCCAUACGUGGAGUCGCUCUUUACCGAGUUUGCUCAGAACGCGGGCUGCCUCGACUUGGAUUGCCUACGCUCGGUCCCCGCAGACACCAUCGCUGCCGCAGGCCAGAAGGUGCUAGCCUCGCACCCAGCCACGCUCUAUCCCUUCGCCCCAGUCUUUGACGGCGCCUUCUUCACGCAGCGCCCUGUGGAAGCCUUUUCCCGCGGUCAAUUCGCGCAGGUGCCCGUGCUGUUCGGCUCCAACACCGAUGAGGGCGCGGGCUGGAGCGCCAGCCUCGCAGACGGCGCGGCCAACACAUCGUCGCACAACGCGACGCAGGCGACCGUGUAUCGUUUCCUGCGCGGGCAGUACGCGGCGCUCAGCCAGAAGUCCUUCGACACUGCCGUCCGGCUGCACUACCCCCUGGCCGCCUACGGCGGGUCCGUCGGCCUGCAGGCGCAGCAGAUGUACGGCGAGCUGCGGUACAUCUGCACGGCUGUGCUGGUCACCGGGUCUGCCAGGCCGGCGUACCACUACCGCUGGGACAACCCCUCGCUCGGGUCCCACCACGCCGCAGACCUCGCCGCCUUCUUCUGGGACACGUCGGCCUUCGGCUCAGCAGACCGCGCCCUGAUCGAUGCGAUGCGGCGCUACUUCACGUCGUUCGUCACGGACGGAGCGCCCGCCGCGGCGGAUGCAGUCGUCUGGGCGCCAGUGUCGUCGGCCCACGGCUCGCCGCGUCUGCUGCUGAAUCCGUCGGAGAUGCGCUUGGAGCCGGUCCCGGGCGAUCUGCGGGCGCGCUGUGCGUUUUGGCACGGGAUCGCGGUGGAGCUGCGGGUCUGAGUGGGUGGUGAGGGUCGAGGGGUGUUUCGGAAGAGAGGCGUUGAUGCCCACAGACACAGUAUCAUAGGGUCCCCAGUACUUAGCUUUCCGCCUUGCAGGUUGAAGGAAAAGAUCAGCGCCCCAACAAGUCUUUCCGAUUGAUCCGCAACGUCGGCAUUUGCCGAAGGCGCUUGGCAACUGCGAAAACACGGUACAGGACAGGUACUUGGUACGUCUAGAGAAUGUACAUGAAAAAUUCCAGACGACUAGUACCGGGUGCUCUUCGGCUUCACGGAGGCCGAGCCUGAUAUAGUAUACCGUAAGUCAGCCCACGCGAGGGAGGGAGGACAGAAGAUAAAGACGCACGAGGGUAGAUUUUCCGCGCCUUCUUCGGCGGCGAUGGAGAUGGCGAGGUCGUGAUGACGAUCUGCUCCCCCCGCUUCACACGGACGACGCUUUCUGUACAUCCAAUAAGCCCCUAUCCUCGUAACUUGUCAGAGCGCACUGCUCACGGGGAGGGCGUUGUGGCUUCUUGACGGGGCUAGCAGGCGGCGACUCGGAAUAGUCAACCACUACGAUCGCAAAAUGGGUCAGUCAGCAGGGGGAAGAAAGGGUGAUCCAAGGAGACUGGACUGGGCUGGGCAACCGCACGCACUCAUCGUUGAUUUCCGCCGGCACCGUCGCUUCUUAGGUGGCUCCUCAAACUCGCUCUCAGACUCGGUGUUCAGCGCGUCUCCCUCAUUCUCCUCAGAGUCUUCCGACUGGUCCCACGCAUUCAUCUUGCGCUUGGCGCAUGGCUUCACUGCUGCUGCUGCUGCUGUCGAGCGAGGGCGUGAGCCGGACUGCUCGGAUGUUGUCAACUUGAACACGGAGGAAACGCGCCUUCCUUGAGAAGCAGACUUUGGGCGGCCCCAACGUCGCCGGUUUUCUUGAGGAUUUGGGCGAUGUCGCGUUUGGGGUGGCCCGAUGCUUCGGCGAGGUCGUCGAUCGACCGUUGAAUCGUGCGUCGCUGUGUGCAAACAAAGAAGAAAAAAAGAAUGAGAUGCGGCUCUCAGGGAGUACCCAGCGAGCUUACCGCUUCUUCGACUGUGAAAGAAACGCCGGCGACUGUGAUGAAACAGAGGUCUCCAACAAUCCAGCAAGACGAGACAACAAAUACGAACCGUUCCACCUAACGAGAGCAAAGUAAGCACUGGACCAACAAGUCAGUAUCGAGGGAAGCGUACUCCGCGCGCUUCUUCAGUAUCCCGAUGGCUUUAUGCAGAACCUCCGCCUUCUGGGCAGCAUACGUCCAGCCCUGGGGUUUGUGCCCGCGAGACCACAGAUGUUUGGACUUGGAACACCGAGUGAGUAUGCCACCGAAAUGAGGACACUGAGUGCUAACAUGCGCGCCGCCGAGCCCGAGCGCCCCGAACGUGUCGACGUGCGUGAGAUCUGCUUUCGCAGGCAAGUCUGCAACGAUGCGCGCGAUGUACGCCAUCUCCUCGUCUGUGUACGCUUUGCGGGUGUGGUCCGAGCGGGGCAUAGAUGCUGCGUGGGGGGAGGGUGCAUGUACUAUGGGGGACCGGUGCCUACUAGGAUCUUAUACACAACUGCUGCCGAGCGUGUGCCGUGGCCGGAUUCUCGGUGUCGAACCACGAGCUUUGGAAGUCCGUGGACGGUGAGACUGUACGUGAUCUGUGCUCGACCGAUCAUCGCAGUCGCUGUCUGCAGCAAGACCCCGUUCCUAUGCUCAGCACCUCUCGCAUGCAUCGGCAUCGAAAUGAAUCUGCUGCUGAGUUGAUAUUCACUUGCGAUGUCUCGCUGCUACUACACCUCUGCUGCGCACGAGAAGAAAGCCUUUCUGGACAGCCAGGAGAAUGCCUGUUACACAAGCGAGGAUUGUGGUGGAGGAGAGAAGGAUGCGGCAUGAUCGGUCCUAUCAAUCGGUGUGGGAACGUCUCAAUGAGCUCACGCGAGGAUCAUUCGAACCCGACAGCCCAUCCAUUUCAUCGCACAAAAGCAGAACAUGAGCUACGCAUUCACUGUCUCGAUGACUUUGUCGAGAGGCUGGGUUUUUGGAGUCGCGGCUCGCAGUGGAUGAUGGUUCAGGAACAGAGGUUGGUCUGGUUUUAGAAUGUUCCUCUGAUACUUGAGUUAAACUUUCGGGGCCGGCGCUGAGAUCUCAGAAGGCAAGGGUUGACGGCAACGGUAGUCAUCUAAAUGUGUCAGUACCCAGGGUCGAGCUGUGUGGCCCCGGGUGCGGCUCGAAGGAAGCCGGAGGCAGAUCGUGUCAUUUUCGCAUGCAGACAAAGACUAACGAUUACCGGAUGUUUGGGCCAUUUUGGACCAAGUCCAAAGAAAGAAAUCUGAACAGGAA